CACCUGAAGACCGCACCAUUCGUCAGUCAAGAAAAGUCAAGAAUUUUGUCGAGCCCUGUAACGUACGAGGGUGUUAAAUGCAUGUCAUUCGGAUUCGUGAAUCAACGUGCUGCUCCUGGUGCUGGGGCAGGAGUUGGAGCUGCAGUAAUGCGUGGCCCCAUGGUCUCGAAACUGGUCGACCAGCUCAUUCUUGGCACCGAAUGGGGCGACCUCGAUUACCUGGUGGUGGACAUGCCACCGGGAACGGGAGACAUUCAAAUCUCACUUUCGCAGCAAAUGGCGAUCUCGGCAGCUGUUGUCGUGACAACACCGCAAAGACUUAGCUUCGUCGACGUAGAGAAAGGAAUUGCGAUGUUUGAAGACUUAAAGGUGAAAACGGCUGCUGUGGUGGAGAACAUGUCCUACUUCGACUGCUCUCAUGGGCAACGCCACUAUCCGUUUGGUCUGGGUCAUACACAAGAGCUUGUUGACAAGUACAACAUGAAAAAUGUGUUCAAGCUGCCAAUCUCAGAGCAGUUCAGCUUAUCAGCAGACUCUGGGCGCCCUUUCGUUCUCUCAGGGUUGUUUCCUGAAGAAGAAAAGUCGUACGACUCACUAGCGACCACAGUUGCAAAGGAACUGGUGGUUUUGAAGCACAAAGCUCGCCUGGCGCCCGAGCUACUCUAUGACAAGAAUCGCGGCAUUGUUCUUCGUUUGUACAGUUUAAACGAGGCGAAGGAGGCUGUGCUUCACCCAGCGGACCUUCGAGUACAAUGCCGCUGCGCUCAAUGCAUUGAUGAAUUCACCGGGGAGCAGAUCUUGGACCAAGCCGCGAUUCCAGAGGAUAUCCAUCCCACCGCAGUCGAGCGGAAGGGUAACUAUGCGUUCGCGGUCACGUGGAGCGAUGGCCACACUUCAUCGCUUUACACGUACGAUGCGAUCACAGAGCUAAUCGCUGAGUAUGCACGCAACAAAACCGAGAAGCAAUAG